ACAUACUCAAGAAGAAAAAGAAACAGAGCUAGCUACUAUUACACACAAGCAAAACAGAGGAACUCCCAGUGUAGACAAACUUUUACACUCUUUUCAAAAGCCUAUAGAGAUUAAAAACUUGUAUUCCCUUUUGUUGAAAACCCCUUUACAUGGGUUCUUGUAAAGAAGAAGAAAAAAAUGAUCAACAACCAAAAUGGCUUUGGGUUAAUGGACCUAUUAUAGUAGGUGCUGGUCCUUCUGGUUUAGCUGUUUCAGCUUGUCUUAAAGAAAAUGGUGUCCCUUCACUUAUUCUUGAAAGAAGUGAUUGUAUUGCUCCUUUAUGGCAACGCAAAACUUAUGAUCGCCUUAAACUCCAUCUCCCUAAACAAUUUUGCCAGCUCCCAUUGUUCAAUUUCCCUGAAAAUUUCCCUAAAUACCCUACAAAACAUCAGUUCAUUUCUUACUUAGAAUCAUAUGCAAAGCACUUUGGUAUUAUUCCAAAGUUUAAGCAGGGUGUUAAGGUUGCGGAGUAUGAUGAGGUUAGUGGGUUUUGGAAAGUGCAAACUGAAGAAGUUCAGUAUUUGUCAAAGUGGCUGAUUGUUGCAACAGGGGAAAAUGCAGAGCCAGUGAUACCGGAGAUUCAAGGGAUUGAUAAGUUUAAAGGGAAAGUAAUGCAUACAAGUGGUUAUAAGUGUGGUACUGAGUUUAAUAAUCAGAAAGUUUUGGUAAUUGGUUGUGGGAAUUCUGGUAUGGAAGUUAGUUUAGACCUUUGUAGACAUAAUGCCACUCCUCAUAUGGUUGUCAGAAAUUCAGUGCAUAUUUUACCUAGGGAAAUGUUAGGAAUAUCAACAUUUUCAAUAGCUAUGGCACUUCUCAAGUGGAUGCCAUUAAGAAUAGUUGACAAGUUCCUACUACUUGUUGCUAACUUGACCUUAGGUAGCACAGACAAAUUAGGCCUCCGGCGACCUAAAACCGGUCCCCUUGAACUGAAAAAUGCUACCGGAAAAACUCCGGUACUCGAUGUCGGAGCAUUAUCGCAGAUUAAAACUGGAAAAAUUCAGAUAAUGCCAGGUGUGAAGGAAAUAACUAAAAUAGGUGCAAAGUUUUUAGAUGGCAAAGAAGGAGAAUUUGAUUCAAUAAUCCUAGCAACAGGAUACAAAAGCAAUGUGCCUUCUUGGUUUAAGGGAAGUGACUUCUUCACAGAACAAGGGAUGCCAAAGACACCAUUUCCAAAUGGUUGGAAAGGAGAGAAUGGAUUAUACACAGUGGGAUUUACAAGAAGAGGAAUUUUAGGGACUACAAAUGAUGCAAAAAAUAUUGCCAAGGACAUUAGUGAACAAUGGAGGAAAUACAAGGGCUUCUGUAAAAACUUUUGUACUACAAGAAAUCUAGUAUCAGAUAGCCAAGGCAUUUGUUUUUAGCUUUUUAAGUUACAGAAUUAGGUAAUAGUAAAUUUUUCCAAAAGAGGUCUUAAGUUUUGGAAAAAAGUAGUUAGGUGGGGAUAGGGGUUUCAUAAAGUGUUAUUUUUAGUUCUUUAAUAUUUUUCAAGAAGAGGAGACGAGACUUCUUCCUUCUAUCUUGUCGUUUACAUUUCUCUUGUCAAUUUUGUAAAUUAAUCAAUUUUCGAAAAAGGUCUCUUUGUUGU